AUGACCCUCACGAACAGCAUCAUCGCGCCACUGCCUGCUGGGAUGGCUCUGGAUGCUGCAAAGGUGGCAUUUGAAAACUUCGGUGAGGUUUCCCGUGUCCAGCGCCUGGAGAAGUUCGACACCUUUGUCCAGGUCGUCUUCUUCGAUGUUCGUUCGGCCGGCCGAGCGGUGAAGGCUUUUGGCGCGGCCGGCUGCAUCCCAGGCCCUCAGGUCGGCGAUCGCACGGUCAUGCUGGCAGGGGACGACCAGCUUUCAACCAAGGACUUCCAGAAGAUCUCGGAGGUUUGCAAGAGCAAGGAUGGCUCCUUCUUCUUGGAGUUCUACGAUGUGCGUGAUGCCAUGCGAUACCAAAAAGCCAAGAUCCAGCUGCCACCUGGUCUGCCAAACUCGGCAGCAAAGGAAUCACCGGAAGUUCCGGAGGUGUUGCCACCGCCCGGGCUGGCGCCGGUGGCCGCCGCGGCGCCAGCAGCGCGAGCGCCGGCCAGUGACUGGCAGGUGGUCAUCCGCAACCUACCGACGAAGAUCCUCACUAAGGUGAUGAUGGACGCAGUCUUUCAACAAGCUGGCUUUGAUGGAUACCUGAAAGAGUUCACCAUUCAAGCUGGCGCUGGGGAGGUUGUGGCCAAGUUUGCAGACCAAACGGCGGCGCAGGGGUGUGUCACGCAUUUCUCUGGGUGCCAGUGGGACAACAAGUCCGGUGCUGUGGUCACUGCAGAGCUUUUUCCUCCAAGGGAAGCGAAGCCAAGCAAGGCUACGAAGAAGAAGGCUCAUGCCUCAGCCUCCAACGAGAUGUCCGCGGAAGCCCCUGCCUUUCAACCGAGUUCCAUGGCUCCCUACGAAUUCUCUGCAGAGGCGCCUGUUUUCAUGCCGUUCAUGCCAAACUGGGGCUACAUGCCCAAGGUUGAAGAAGAGGUCACCGGAAACCCCCGCCCCCGGAACGCGACAAAGCUUGCCUUUGGCUCCGACACCAGCACAGAAGUGGGUGAUUCCGAGGACGACGACAAGACCAGUCCUGCCAGGGUGAAGCGCAUCCUGCCGCAACAGGCGAUGGGUGCUCGCUCUCGAUCCGGCUCGGCUUCAUCGUCGGCUUAA